AUGGAGCCCAAGCUCUCCAAGCUUGCACAACUCGCCAAGGCGCGAGCCCAGAGACAGGGCAGUGUAAAUACAUCGCCUCAGCUGAUUCUGGCGCCUCUAGGUACUUCUUCUGUGACAAAUCGCAGUAUUAAACUCGGAGCUUUGGCAAAGGCUCGUGCCCAGAAACAAGAUCUGUCGCUUGGCCCUGGUGACCGUCAGUCUCCAAAUAGCAUUUUGGAUAAAUUUGCAUCGUCCUCCGCGACAAAAAAUGGUCUGGAAGGAAGUAAUACUGAAGUUAAGCCCAAUCGACUAUUGGCGCUUGCUGCAGAAAGAAAGAAAAGAUCUUUGGAGCAACCUCCUAAAUUUGCUGAAGCUGUAAAAUCUCCGAAUCUGGAUGUUACAGCUGAUACUGCUUCCAAAUCCGAAGACCAGAAGAGCACUAGCACCCGUCUGCCAACGGCUCCAUCAUUAGCAUUGCAAAUUGCCGUUGAUCGGUCUUUGCUUCGUCUUCCACGCUCGGAAGUCACACUAUUUCUCUUUGAAAAUGAACCGUCUGCCAAGAGACAAAGGCCAAAUACCAGUAUUUUUCAAGUCCUUACUAACCACGAAGCUUCUCCCCAGAAAAUCUCAAAAGCGCAGUCCAAUUUUGAAGGACCCAGUCCUGACGAUACCAUUCUCAAUGCGCAGAAACAAGCAUUCCAGGGUGAUUUCGAAAACCUUUCCUUGCAAGACAAGGCACCGAAACCAAAAGCUGCAACUAAACUGGCCGCUGUGAAAUCCAAGCCGUUCAAAACUAUCGAUUUGAAAUCUGCCCUCAGCAAAAAGCUCGCCAAGCCUCACAAGUCUUUUGUAGUUAUCGGGCACGUUGACGCUGGCAAGUCCACCCUUAUGGGACGGCUCUUAUUUGACCUUGGGGUUGUGGAUGCGAAAACUGUGAACAAGUUAGUUCGUGAAGCUGAAAAGUCUGGUAAGGGUUCAUUCGCUUUGGCAUGGGUAAUGGAUCAGACUUCGGAAGAACGUUCACGAGGAGUAACGGUGGACAUUUGUGCUACCAAUUUUGAAACAAAGAGCACUCGUUUUACUGCCAUUGAUGCCCCUGGCCACAAAGAUUUUGUUCCUCAAAUGAUAAGUGGAGUUUCGCAGGCUGAUUUAGGAUUGCUUGUGGUAGAUUCGAUUGCUGGAGAAUUCGAGUCUGGCUUCAUCAUGGAUGGCCAAACGAAGGAACAUACCAUCUUGGCGAAGAAUUUUGGAGUCGAACGUUUGUGUGUGGUUGUCAAUAAAAUGGACAAGGAGAACUGGUCUGAGUCCCGUUUCAACGACAUCAAGCGCCAGAUGACAGAAUACUUGAGUGAAGUCGGAUACAAGCCGCCAAUGGUCGAUUUCAUUCCCAUCUCUGGUUUGGACGGAACUAAUGUGGUUCGUAAAGAUAAUGAGAAACUUAGUUGGUACAGCGGGAAUACUCUUGUGGAGUACUUGGAGAAUGUGGAUGUACAAAUUGAUGGAAUUGACGAGGUUAUUUCCUCAGAGUUCAAUAUGACUAUAACGGACGUAUUCGAAAUUUCGAGUUCUGAUUUCGGACUCAGUGGAAAGGUAAUCUCGGGCACGAUUCAAGCCGGUGAAACAAUUAGAGUUUCGCCGUCAGAUGAGUGCGUUCAGGUCCAAUCGAUGAAGUUGGAAGAGACUCCUGUAGAUUUUGCAUCACAAGGUGACUUUGUACUGAUGCGGUUCAAAUCGAGUCAAUUAUCAAAUGGUGCAAUUGAGGACUUGACAGUCGGUGACUUGGUCCUGCGUCUUGAUUCCAGCGUCAAAUCCGCCUCUACGUUUACCGCUACCCUCCAUCUUUUCAACUUGGUCAAACCUUUACUUGUUGGAACACCGUUUGUACUUUUCCGCAAUAAUUGCCAAGUACCAGCACGUAUAUCGAAGGUGAUUGAAAUUGAGGGCGUCAAGAAAAAGCGUAUGCAUUUGGUUUCCAGGCAAACAGCAUUGGUGGAGAUAAGUGUCAUGGACCGGAAAUUGCCAUUGACCAAGUUUGCAGAUAACAAGAUAUUGGGCAGAGUGGUGAUUCGUAGAGAAGGAAUUACUAUUGGAGCAGGUGUUGUGGAAGAUGUCAUGUAA